AUGACUGUCAAAUCACAUCGCAUUCGCAUCUCAAUCGACAGAGGCGGCACUUUCACCGAUGUCCAUGCCGCCAUUCCUGGUAGGGAGGAUAUUAUUCUCAAGCUUCUCUCUGUCGACCCAGCCAACUACCAAGAUGCCCCGACAGAGGGUAUCCGAAGGAUCCUUGAGCUGGUCACGGGGGAGACAUUGCCAAGAGGCCAGCUCCUGGACCUCUUCCAUGUAGAGUCGAUUAGAAUGGGCACGACAGUAGCUACGAAUGCUUUGUUGGAGAGGAAAGGCGAGCGCGUUGCCCUUAUCACGACCAAGGGGUUCCGUGAUUUGCUGGCAAUUGGCAAUCAGUCAAGGCCGAACAUUUUUGACCUCUCAGUAUCCCGGCCAGAGGUUCUCUUCGACGAGGUUGUUGAAGUCGAUGAGAGAAUCACCAUGGAGGACUAUACCGAAGAUCCGGCAUCUGUCAAGACUGCUGUCGAAUCUGGUAGCAGCGAGCUGGUCGCCGCCAUCACUGGUGAGACCAUCAGAGUCCUGAAGAGGCCAGACCUGGCAGAAAUCAAGACACAGUUGGAAAAGGUCCGGGAUCAAGGAUUCCGCUCCAUCGCCAUUGUUUUUGUUCACUCCUACGCCUACCCAGAUCACGAGCUCCUGGUCGGAAGGUUAGCAUCAGAAAUGGGAUUUUCUGUGACGUUGUCAUCGGAAGUCCAGCCCAUGAUCAACAUGGUGCCUCGUGGCAUGUCGGCUGUUGCCGAUGCAUACCUUACACCCGUCAUCCGACAGUACAUCGACUCAAUCUCUGCUAACUUCAGGGGCGGCUUCGCCUCUGCUGCUACCAGGAUCGAGUUCAUGCAAUCGGACGGCGGCCUCGUAGACUACCGGAAGUUUAGCGGCCUCAAGGCUAUUCUGUCCGGUCCUGCUGGAGGUGUUGUUGGUUAUGCGCAAACGUCAUGGGACAACGAGGAGCGUCGGCCUGUUAUCGGCUUCGACAUGGGCGGCACGUCUACCGAUGUCUCUCGCUACGCUGGUGUCUACGACCACGUGUUUGAAACGACGACUGCUGGUAUUGCCAUUCAGUCACCGCAGCUCGACAUCCACACCGUUGCUGCUGGUGGCGGAUCCAUCUUGACAUGGAGGAACGGCUUGUUCAACGUUGGUCCUGAGUCUGCUUCUGCUCACCCCGGCCCGGCAUGCUACCGCAAGGGCGGCCCACUUACCGUGACGGAUGCCAACCUAUUCCUUGGCCGACUUCUCCCGGAGUACUUCCCCAAGGUCUUCGGUCCCAAGGAGAACGAGCCCUUGAACCGAGAAGUCACUGCUGCAAAGUUCUUGGAACUGACGAAUGAAAUCAACAAGGACCGCGAAGCUUCUGGUCUGUCCCUGCUGUCGCCCGAGGAAGUUGCUCUGGGUUUUCUGAAGGUUGCUGAUGAAGGCAUGGCUAGCCCCAUCCGUGCCCUCACUGAGGCCCGCGGAUAUGAGGCUGGCGUGCAUCAUCUCGCCUGUUUCGGUGGUGCUGGUGGCCAGCACGCCUGCUCCGUUGCCACUGUUCUUGGAAUUUCUCGUAUCAUCAUUCACAAGUACUCUUCGAUUCUGUCAGCCUAUGGCAUGUCACUGGCAGACGUUGUUCACGAGAUUCAGCGACCUUCCGCCAUUGUAUACUCUGACGAGACCGCUGGCAACAUUCAGCAGCAGCUCGAAGAGCUAUCAUCCCAGGCUACGCUUGAGUUGGUGAAACAGGGCUUCGCUGAAGACCGCAUUACACAUGAUGCCUACCUGAACAUGAGAUAUGCUGGAUCGAGCAGCUCCCUCAUGAUUCUAAAGGGUGCUGACUGGAACUUCAAGACGGAGUUCGAGGAGGCUCACCGACGUGGCUUCGGCUUCCAUUUCCCUGAAAAGGACAUUAUUGUCGACGACAUCCGUAUUCGAGCAACCGGUGCAGCACACGCAAAGGUUGAGAAGAGCCCCUUUGCCCAAAUGAAGGCUGUCGAGGGUUCAACAUCCGCCACUCCCAGUCCUAACGGCACCAACCGUGUCUACUUUGAUGGACACGGCCAUGUCGACACUGCCAUCUACGAGCUUCAAUCCAUCCCCAUUGGCGCCCGCAUCACUGGUCCUGCAUUGAUCAUCGACAACACCCAGACGAUCCUGGUCACGCCAUCGUCAACGGCGACUGUCCUCGACAGCUACGUCGUCAUCGACAGGGCGCUCGAGGAGGUGGUCGCCAAGACGAACGGCGAGCAAGAGGAGUUUAGCCCUGUUCAACUCACUGUUUUCGGUCACCGCUUCAUGUCAAUUGCCGAGCAGAUGGGUCGCACCCUGCAAAAGACAGCCGUAUCCACCAACAUCAAGGAACGUCUUGACUUCUCUUGUGCCAUCUUCAGCCCGGAUGGCGGACUUGUUGCAAACGCCCCUCACGUUCCCGUGCAUCUCGGCUCUAUGCAGUUUGCCGUGCGCUACCAACACAACCUUUGGAAUGGCAAGCUUAAGGAUGGCGACGUUCUCGUCUCAAACCACCCUUCCUGCGGAGGCACCCAUCUUCCCGACAUUACUGUCAUCACCCCUGUGUUUGAUGGCUCAGAAAUUGCAUUCUACGUCGCAUCCAGAGGACAUCACGCGGAUAUUGGCGGCAUCCUCCCCGGCUCUAUGCCGCCGACGUCUUCCGCUCUCUGGCAGGAGGGCGCGGCAAUUGAGUCAACGAAGCUGGUUAGCGAGGGCCGCUUUGACGAGGAUGAAGUCCGUCGUCUACUGCUUGAGGAGCCCGCCCAAUAUGAGGGCUGCUCCGGCACCCGAAGACUGCAGGAUAACCUUUCGGAUCUCAAGGCCCAAAUUGCUGCGAACGCCAAGGGUAUCGCGCUAAUCAAGGCUCUCAUCGCGGAGAACGGCCUUGCCACCGUCCACCGUUACAUGUACGCGAUCCAGCACACUGCCGAACACGCCGUGCGUGACUUGAUGCAAUCCACCCUCACCAAGUUUGGCACGGAGCCUCUCGUCGCUGUCGACUACAUGGACGACGGAACACCCAUCUCCCUCAAAAUCACAAUCUCCAACGAUGGUUCCGCAACCUUCGAUUUCACCGGCACCGGUCCUCACGUCCUUGGCAACACCAAUGCUCCUAUCGCCAUUACCCAUUCCGCCAUUAUUUACUGCUUACGCGGUCUUAUCUCUUCUCAAAUCCCUCUGAACCAAGGAUGUCUGGCACCCAUCAACAUCAUCAUCCCCGAGGACAGCAUUCUCAACCCGGGCGCCGGCCUCGCUGUCGUCGGCGGCAACGUCCUGACCUCGCAACGUAUUACAGACGUCGUCCUCAAGGCGUUCCGCGCCUCCGCAGCCAGUCAGGGCUGCUGUAACAACCUGACCUUCGGCACAGGCGGCAAGGACCCCGUGACGGGCGAGCACAAGGACGGCUUCGGAUACUACGAGACCAUCGCCGGCGGCGCCGGAGCGGGUCCUACAUGGGUCGGCCAGAGCGGCGUGCACACCCACAUGACCAACACCCGCAUCACGGACCCCGAGGUCUUUGAAAAGCGGUACCCGUGCAUCCUGAGACGGUUCCAGCUGCGCGAGAACUCGGGUGGCAAGGGCCGCAACAGGGGUGGCGACGGCACCAUUAGGGAAAUCGAGUUCCGCGUGCCGGUCCAGUGCUCUAUCCUCAGCGAGCGCAGGAGUCGCCGGCCGUAUGGUAUGGAGGGCGGAGGCGACGGAGAGGCUGGCCUGAACUUGGUUGUCGUCAGGGAUGACAUGAAGAACGGGCAGGAGAGGGUUGUCAACUUGGGCGCCAAGGCAACGACGAAGCUUCGCGCGGGUGAGAGGGUGAUCAUCCAGUCGCCUGGCGGAGGUGCCUGGGGGGCUCCUGUUGUGGCGAACUGA